AUGACGGACGCUUUAGCAGCACAACUCAACAAAGCCUCUUUGAACGAUGGCGCAGACGAGUCAAACUGGAAAGACUCGCUCAAUCUUCCAGCAAAGGACACCAGACAACAGACUGAAGAUGUGACUGCUACAAAAGGCUUGGAUUUUGAAGACUUUUACAUCAAGCGUGAAUUGAUGAUGGGCAUAUUCGAGGCCGGAUUCGAGAAACCCUCUCCGAUUCAGGAAGAAACCAUACCUGUUGCCCUCACCGGCCGAGAUAUCCUGGCCCGAGCAAAGAAUGGAACUGGCAAAACCGCAGCCUUUGUUAUUCCAACCCUCGAACGAAUCAACCCCAAAAACCCAAAAACCCAAGCGCUAAUUCUUGUCCCCACUCGAGAACUCGCUCUACAAACAUCCCAGGUCUGUAAGACUCUGGGAAAGCACUUGGGCAUCAAUGUCAUGGUUACCACAGGUGGCACCGGACUGAAAGACGAUAUCAUCAGGUUAGGGGAAACAGUACAUAUUAUCGUUGGCACCCCUGGGAGAAUCCUCGACCUUGCAAGCAAAGGUGUUGCAGACUUGUCCGAAUGCCCUAUAUUUGUCAUGGACGAAGCCGACAAGUUGCUUUCUCCGGAGUUCACUGUUGUCAUUGAGCAACUCCUAUCCUUCCAUCCCAAAGACCGACAGGUGAUGCUGUUCAGCGCCACUUUCCCGAUGAUCGUCAAGGCGUUCAAAGACAAACACAUGCGAAAUCCCUACGAAAUCAACCUUAUGGACGAGCUGACCCUGCGUGGUAUAACCCAAUACUAUGCUUUCGUCGAAGAGAAGCAGAAAGUUCAUUGCCUCAACACGUUAUUCUCGAAGCUUCAGAUCAACCAGUCAAUCAUCUUUUGCAACUCGACAAACCGGGUUGAGCUCCUUGCAAAGAAAAUCACCGAACUGGGGUAUUCAUGCUUCUACUCUCACGCCAAAAUGCUGCAGCAGAAUCGAAACAAGGUGUUCCACGACUUCCGUGCCGGCGUCUGUCGAAAUCUGGUGUGUUCCGAUCUCCUCACUCGUGGUAUUGAUAUUCAAGCGGUCAAUGUGGUCAUCAACUUCGAUUUCCCCAAAAACGCUGAAACAUAUCUCCAUCGCAUUGGUCGUUCUGGACGAUUCGGUCAUCGUGGUCUCGCUAUCAACUUGAUCAACUGGGACGAUCGUUUCAAUCUGUAUAAAAUCGAACAAGAGCUGGGUACUGAGAUCCAGCCGAUUCCUCCAUCUAUCGACAAGAGUCUGUAUGUAUAUGAGAAUCCCGAAUCGAUUCCACGCGCAAUGCCUCCACCAGCACAGACUCAGAAGGCCAACACGUCCAAUGCGAAUGCCAAUGCAAACAACACAAACAACAAUGCUACCAACAGCAACGGUCAGUACCAGCAGGCUCGGAGACCACAGAAUCAAUCGAACGGAUAUGGGCAACAAUACAACAAUCAAGGACGUGGUGGAUAUCGUGGACGAGGUCGAGGUCAGGGUGCUCGAGGCCGUGGAGGUCAUCCCCAACAGUCAACAGCAGCACCCGUGGGUCAAAUCGCUCACUAG